AUGGCACCUCAUCUUGAUGUACCGUCUCCUGCUGGAAGCUUUACAGCCAAUUUCGAUAGAAUCUCCUUUGAAGCUGCUGCAUCGUCGGAUGCGGGGACCGGUUAUCUGGCACCCUCUGAGCCGCUCUCCUCGCCUAGUAGCUUUUUCGAAAGCGACUCGGUAGCGGAAGAUUUCCAUAUAACGAGGCCACUACUACCAGGCACCUAUGUGCCAACCGUGUGUUUCUUCAACGGGACCGAAGACAUCGAUACGGAUGCCAUUGCUCGCCAUGCAGUACGGCUUGCCGAAGCUGGUGUGACGGGACUUGCAACUCAGGGCUCAAACGGCGAGGCCGUCCAUCUCACGCAUGGCGAGCGCCAGCUAGUUACAUACACUACGCGAAAGGCACUAAACGCAGCUGGGUUUUCGCACAUCCCAAUCGUUGUCGGAUGUGGCGCCCAAAGUACCCGCGAGACCAUCGAGUACUGCCGCGAGGCGUGGAAAGCGGGAGGUGACUACGCCCUUGUACUGCCCCCAUCGUACUACGCACCUUUGUUUGCACCAUCAUCCAAGACUAUCGAGGAGUACUUCAUAGAGGUCGCCAAUGCAUCUCCGAUACCGCUUAUCAUCUACAACUUUCCGGGUGCUGUAAACGGGAUGGACAUGACAUCAGAUGUAAUUAUUAAGCUAUCACAACAUCCCAAGAUAGUCGGUGUUAAACUGACGUGCGGUAACACCGGCAAAUUGAAUCGCGUGGCAGCUGCUACACGAAAGAAAUCUAAAGGAUAUGAUGCAGAUAAACCGGAAUUUUUGGUCCUCGCUGGCUCGGCCGACUUCACGAUUCAGUCGUUGAUCGCUGGCGCGCACGGCAUUUUGGCAGGUCUUGCAAACAUCUCACCGAAAGCCUGCAUUAAGACAAUCGAUCUAUAUAAAGCAGGCAAAUACACAGAAGCUCAGAAGAUGCAGGAAAUUGUAUCACGGGGUGACUGGAUAGCCAUUCAAGGUGGCGUAGUAGGCGUGAAGGAGGGACUUCAAGCAUGGAUGGGAUAUGGAGGCUAUGCUCGCAGCCCACUCCCAAAGCCAACUGCCGAGCAAACUAAAUCAUGGAAAGAGGGAUUUAGAGAAUUGGUGUUGCUAGAAAAGUCCUUGUGA